CCCAUCUCCGCCGCCGCCGCCGCCCGGAGCCACCUCACAAGGGAUCAGGUCACUGCCGGGGGCCGGGGGGCGGAAGAACACAGGCGGGUCCUGCCCGCGGAGCUGCCGGAGCCUCGCCGAGUGGCGCUGAGACCGUCCUGCCGUGGCCGCCGGCACUGGGCGGACGGGAGACCCUCGGAGGGGCCGCCCCGAGAGGACCCGCCACGGCCCGAGAGGUCAGAAGAAGUGACUGAAAAAGCAUAUCUGGACGCCAUCCAACAUGUCGAGGAGAAGAUUUGAUUGCCGAAGUGUUUCAGGCUUGCUAACUACAACUCCUCAAACACCAAUGAAAAUGGAAAACUUUAAUAAUUUUUAUACACUGACAUCUAAAGAGCUAGGAAGGGGAAAGUUCGCUGUGGUUAGACAGUGUAUAUCAAAAUCAACCGGCCAGGAGUAUGCUGCAAAGUUUCUAAAGAAGCGAAGGAGAGGCCAGGAUUGCCGCGCAGAGAUUCUGCACGAGAUUGCCGUGCUUGAAUUGGCCAGGUCCUGUCCCCAUGUGAUCAAUCUCCAUGAAGUCUAUGAAAACACAAGUGAAAUCAUUUUGGUAUUGGAAUAUGCUGCAGGUGGAGAAAUUUUCAACUUGUGUUUACCUGAGCUGGCAGAAAUGGUCUCAGAAAGUGACAUUAUCAGACUCAUCAAACAAAUACUUGAAGGAGUUUGUUAUCUGCAUCAGAAUAACAUUGUGCACCUUGAUUUAAAGCCACAGAAUAUAUUAUUGAGCAGCAUAUACCCUCUUGGGGACAUAAAAAUUGUAGAUUUUGGAAUGUCUCGAAAACUAGGAAAUGCGUGUGAACUCCGGGAAAUCAUGGGGACACCUGAAUACUUAGCUCCAGAAAUCCUGAAUUAUGAUCCUAUUACCACAGCUACAGAUAUGUGGAAUAUUGGCAUAAUAGCCUAUAUGUUAAUAACUCAUACAUCCCCAUUUGUGGGAGAAGAUAAUCAAGAAACAUACCUCAAUAUAUCUCAAGUUAAUGUAGAUUAUUCAGAGGAAACUUUCUCAUCAGUUUCACAGCUGGCCACAGACUUUAUCCAGAGUCUUUUAGUAAAAAAUCCAGAGAAAAGACCAACAGCAGAGAUCUGCCUCACUCAUUCUUGGCUACAGCAAUGGGACUUUGGAAACUUGCUCCUCCCCGAAGAAAUGUCCAGUCCCCCUCAAGGUCAGGAUCACACGACCAGGUCCCCUGAAGACAAGACUUUGAAAUCCUCCUGCAAUGGCACCUGUGAGGAUCGAGAAGACAAAGAGAACAUCCCCGAGGAUAGCAGUGUGGUUUCCAAAAGAUUCCGCUUUGACGACUCGUUGCCCAGCCCCCACGAACUGGUUCCAGAUGUGCUCUGCUAGCACUCUUCUCUGACUCAUGUGGACAGAACUUGGAAUUUGAAAUCCACGACAGUGUGUGACUAGUUUGAAGCUUUAUAUGUGGCCUGUUUAUAUUGUAGAUGCACUUUUGCAUAGGAGAAUUUAGGAAAUUGUUUUAAAAUGGCAUUACUAGCAUAAUUUCAUUUCCUAUCCUGAAAUACCACUAUGCAGAGAAGAAAAGACUUAAAUAUAUAACCAAAAAUAAAAGUGUGCAUUGGAAUAAUUUAAGUUCAAAUGGAUUUAUCAAAAUGUUUUAUAUAUCAGGAAAAAAGGAGUGAUUUGAGUUAUAUUAUGGUUGAUGUAAACUGAAAAAAAUGAAGAGCUAUUUUAUAUUUGAAGAUGUUUUUGAUUGCUGUUUUGAAAUUACAUGAUUCCCAUUAUACGUAGUCUGCUCUGAGAUAGGUCCUUUACCCAGAGCAGGGGGGGUUACAAACCAGAACAGGGAUGUUAUAUACAAGUCAGAGCAGAGGGAAGAGGAGCAUGGCAUUUAACUCUCUGUCUUCAAAUGUGAUCGGAUCCGACAAAUGGAAAAUACGGUUUACAAGGGUAGAGGAUUUUCAUCUUCCAGAAUUUCUAGAGAAGAUACAUAGGGAAAACUGAGUGCGCUCCAUUUUUAGUCGGCCAGACACCUUUGUUAAUUAAUUCAGAAGAAAAUGCUGACAGACUUAGGUGACUUACAGAACUCUAGAUGUCUUCUAAGUCUUGAGAUACAAGCCAGGCAUUCAGAGUUCUAACUGUGCGUUUAAAAAGUCACAGCACCAGUAGGACUCUGAACACAAUGCCGGAGUCAGCAUGGUAGAUGUGGUCAUCAAACCCGAUGCCGUUAGCGCUUCUGAAGUUCCCGUGUCAGUGCCUUGUGUUGCUGCGGCUCACAGAAGGCCCCCUGCAGAGGGGUCCUCGCGGUCUGCUGGUGGGACCAGUGCCAGGAAGUCCCUCGGGACAGCAGGGCGUGUGCUCAGGGAUGGGGACUGUGCAGUCCCAGCGGGGCAAGGUCACUCCUGGGCAAUCUUGGGUGACGAUUCAAAAGUCUAUUAUACUGUCAUGUUAAGGUCAUUUUAGUCUUUAUAUCCCCAGCAUUUCUUGAAGGAAAGUUAUUUCUAUUUGUGUGUGUAUAUAUGUACAGGUAUAUGUAUAUAUGUAUAAAAAGAUAAAAUAUAGUCUUUAGAUAACUUUGUCUAGGCAUUCUUCACUCUGUUGUGCUUAACUCAGGUGCCAAAGGAGCUCUUGUCUUAUGACAUAUGAAUAUACAUAUAAAUUCUUUAAGGAGCAGUUUGUUGGGUCAAUAAACUAGUCAUUGUGAAAGCU